ACGCGAGCUGUACUAAUGAUUCCGGGGGGAGCCGCCUGGAUACUGUGCAGUGUGAACUGUCCGCCGUCCUUGGUGCUGGGUGAUGAAGUGCGCUGUCCUGUGCGCAUGCGCGCCCCUUCCGUCUCUCUCCCCCACCACCCCAGUCCUAUAAGUAGGUGCGCCGUACAGAGUUGCGUCCAGCCGGCACCAUGAGCUCCUACAGCUACGAGCAGUAUUACAGCAGCGCCCCCUACAAGCGCAGGGUGGUGGAGAGCAGCCCCCGGGUGCACCUCCGGAGCAGCUAUGCGUCCCCCAGCCGGAGCAGCUACUCCACCGUGCGCCGCUCCUAUGGCUCCUCGUCCUCCGCCCUGAUGUCCGGCUCCGCCAGCGCCUCCGUCGACCUGAACCAAGUGGCGGCGAUCAGCAGCGACCUGAAGAUCGUCCGCACCCAGGAGAAGGUGCAGCUGCAGGACCUCAACGACCGCUUCGCCAACUUCAUCGAGCGGGUGCACGAGCUGGAGAAGCGCAACAAGGUGCUGGAGGCCGAGCUGAUGCUGCUCCGCCAGAAGCACAGCGAGCCGUCCCGACUACGCGACCUGUACGAGCGCGAGGUGCGCGAGCUGCGCAUGGCGCACGAGGACGCGGUGGGUGACAGGCAGAGCUUACGCGCCGAGCGGGAACGGCUGGAGGAGGCGCUGCGCGCUCUGCAGGGGCGGUACGAGGAGGAGGCGCUGAGCAGGGAGGACGCAGAGGCCAGGCUGCUGGAGAUCAGGAAGGAGGCCGACAUGACCUCCCUGGCCAGGGCCGAGCUGGAGAAGAGGAUGGACAGCCUGCUGGACGAGAUAGCCUUCCUGAAGAAGGUGCACGAGGAGGAGCUGGCCCAACUCCAGUCCCAGGUCCAGUAUGCCCAAAUCUCCCUGGAGGUGGACGUGGCCAAGCCGGACCUGAGCUCGGCCCUGCGCGACAUCCGGGCCCAGUAUGAGAAGCUGGCGGCCAAGAACAUGCAGUCGGCCGAAGAGUGGUUCAAGUCCAGGUUCACCGUCCUGACGCAGAGCGCGGCGCGCAAUACUGACGCUGUUCGUGUGGCCAAGGACGAGGUGUCGGAGAGUCGGCGGAUGCUCAAAGCCAAGGCGCUCGAGAUCGACGCCUGCAGGGGGGUGAAUGAGGCACUGCAGAGGCAGAUCCAGGAGCUGGAGGACAAGCAGAACCAGGAGAUCGGAGGCAUGCAGGACGCCAUUAACAAAUUAGAGGAUGAGUUACGGAAUACGAAGAGCGAAAUGGCGAGAUACCUGAAAGAGUACCAGGACUUGUUGAAUGUCAAGAUGGCGCUGGACAUAGAGAUAGCUGCAUACAGAAAGUUACUGGAGGGAGAGGAGACCAGACUGAGCUUCUCCGGUGUCGGAGCCAUCACCAGUGGUUACACACAAAGUGCUCCGAUAUUUGGCCGAUCAGCCUACAGCCUGCAGAGCAGUUCAUACCUCUCCACACGCUCCUUCCCCACCUACUAUGCCAGCCAUGUGCAAGAAGAACAACUGGAUGUAGAAGAGACCAUUGAGUCCUCCAGAGCAGAAGACGCCAAAGCGGCACCUCCAGAAGAAGAAGAAGAGGCUGCUGAGGAGGAAGAAGAGGCAGAAGGAGAGGGUGAAGAAGAGGGAGAAGGUGAAGGAGAAGAAGAGGAGGAUAAAGGAGAAGAGGAAGCUGAGGGAGAAGGUGAAGAAGAAGAGGAAGAAGAAGCUGCAGAGGAAAAACCCAAAGCUAAAAAAUAGGUUAACACCCCUGCAGAACGAAACAGAUGUCCCUGCUCUUCACCACCAAUACACUUAUUCCCCUUGUGGCACACAGACCAACCCCCAAACACCUCUAUGGUUGUGUUACCUUUCAUGUCUAGAUUUGGACCCUUCCGCUUUACGCAGAGACCCAGCCCCACCCUGACCAGCCCCUCCCCCAGGUUGUGCAUGGUAACUACAGGUGAGUCCAAAACCCAGAGCUUCCACUCAUUUCGAUACCUGUGCAGGAAGGUUUUCCAGCACAGUAGGUUUAUUUUUUUAACAUAGUCUUCUUUUUUAACCCAUUAACUACCACACAACCAGCAGAAAAUUCCAUAGCAAUACCUUCAAUUCCACGACUUCCCUUUUAAAUCAGAGCAAGCAAUGCUUGUGUUUUUUUUUCCACAGUAUGGUUUAAAGGAGAAAUCCAUUUUUUUGUUUUUGUUUUUUGGUUCUGUCUGAUCACUAUGUUGCACCUUAUCCCCAUCCACUAGGCACAGCCAACUGCAAGGCAAUGGGGAGCUGCAGCUAAAGAAUUUGUUGGCGGCUUUUGUGGAUCUGUGUAUUGUAAGCGCAAUAAAGAGGCAAAACAGCAUCCAAUCAGCAAACUGAAAA